UUUUCAUGUCUCAUUUCUUUUGGAUUACAGCUCAACUGUGAUUUUAGUGUACAGUUAAACAGUCAUUACCAUAAUAACACGAUAAGUGUUUGUCAGUUUGUAUUAUAGACACCUUUACUGUUAGUAAUCAUUGUGAUGCGUUUUUGUGGGCGGGGGUUAUCUGGAGGCAGAAAGAUCCCACUGACCGCAUUUCUAAUGCUAGGUAGCACGUUUUGUUUGCUUGCUUUUUGACAAUGACUAGAAAAAAUCAGAUAAAGUUUUAACAUUUAAGGUCACUCACUGUCUAGGACCGCGAUUGUUUUUGAAAAAGUUAACUUUAACGCCAUGAACCUGGCCGACCUGUGCGCGCUCACUCAAUGGAUCCAGGGACGAACUGACAGGAUUACCUCCAGAGAGCUCUUCUUCUGUGUAUUCUUCUUUAUUGCACUUCUUUUGGAUUCACUGAAGAACUCUUUGAAGAUGUGGACGUGUUGCAGCGUUUGGCUCUCCGCGCCGAGCUGGGUUCUCGUGCUGUUCCAGCUGGUGUCAUCUCCCUCAGCUCUGGAGUCAUCCUUACGACGCGGGCACGAGUUACUAUGGCGACUCGCUCCGUGUUCCCAGCGGAACUCUUCUGGAACCGCACCAUCGUCCUGAGCGUCCGAUCCCACCGUCUAAACUCGGCGUUCAUCUUCUCCGUCUUCUCCGGGAAUCAGAUUCAGCUCGGGCUGGAAAUCUCGCCUGGCAAACUAUCGCUUCACGCCGGUCCCGGGAACGUCGCCACCUUCCCUUACGAGCUCCAUGACGGACGCUGGCAUCAUCUGGCCUUUGUUCUAAACGGGCCGUCAGUGACAUUACGCUCUCCCUGCUCGGAGAGCGACAGCGGGGUUACUCAAAAACUCCCUAUACCUCCGGAACGCCUGAACCCCCGUGGGACGUUCCGCUUGGGUGGGAGCAGCGCUUUGCUUCCGGGCACGGUACCCUUUGAGGGGGCAGUUUGCCAGUUCGAUGUGGUGCCCUCGGCUCAGGCGCAGCAGAAUUUUUGCAGCGCCGUUCGCAGGCAGUGCAGAGAAAACGACACGUACAGGCCAGCGGCACCGCUUGCAGCGCUUCCACUUCCUCCGAGAAAUGCCCCACCACUAUCGGCUCAGUUGAUAUCACCCAAUCGCACUUUCACUCCCGCUCCCACUAGUUUUCUUUGGACGUCCAUAAAUGUCCCGGUUGGGUCUUCUGAUGUUGUGAGUCACAAUGUAGCCGGGUUGAGACCUAAGCACUCUUCUAGCACGCCUCUUUUCAUGAAACAAACUGGACCAUCUUUGGGAAAUUUAAACCCUGUCACCCCUAAACCUACACUCAGGACACCUAAAAGCCCCAAGCCGACUGCCUCAAAGCCUGCAGCGGCCUUUCCUUCCCCCACUAAACCCAGUGGACCCAAACCAACUCCAGGAAAACCCCCCACCAAGUCUUCCGGACCAAAGCCUACAAUUGCUAAACCGACAUCCAUCCCUGGAAGGCCAAAAACCCCUGGACCUACACCAUCCCGGAAACCUUUCAAACCCGCAAAGCUGACUGCCGCAAAACCCACGGUGAACAAACCAAAGCCCACCUCUCACGGCAAAAUUAACCCGACCAAGAAAACAUCCACCGGCGCUCCACCUCCCAAGAAACAAAAUGACAAUCUCAAACGAGAACCAACCGCCUCCAAAAGACCCUCGCCGACACCCUACAAAAAGCCACCUCAGCCUACAUCCCCAACCCAGCGCUCACCCCAAACCACACCGCCAACCCCAAAACCCACUUUACCCACCACCACAGCCUCAAACAAGCACAGAAAAACCCUGCCAACCCCCAAAUCCACACUCUUCACCACCGCCGCCCCAAACACGCCACCACCAAAAAACGAUUCUAACAAAUCAAAAACAUCUGUCACACCAGCUACUUCAAGGUUUACCCCCCAGUCUGUGACCCCUCCAGCUUUAGAAGAUUUCCAGAGUUUGGAGGCAGAGCCGACGUGGGUUUCCGGUCUGAUCGGACCACCGGGACAAAAAGGAGAUCCUGGACCAAUCGGAAUUCUGGGACCUCCAGGGAAACCGGGGCAGCCAGGGAAGAGAGGACCUCGGGGACCUCCAGGACCACACGGCAAGCCCGGUCUACAGGGUCCUCCAGGGCUGAAGGGGAAGAAAGGAGAUCCUGGAUCCUCUCCUGGAAAAGCACCAAAAGGAGAAAAAGGAGAUCUUGGUCUGCUCGGUCCAGUUGGUUUGGUCGGGGCGGAAGGCCGCAAGGGGCAAAAAGGCCAUCCGGGACCACCAGGCCUCCCCGGGGAACCUGGAGAACAAGGUCCUGAUGGGAGUGCUGGAGCCAAAGGCUAUCCUGGCAGGCAGGGUUUGCCCGGCCCAAUAGGACCUGUUGGACCGAAAGGUGCUCGGGGUUUCAUUGGAAUCCCUGGACUUUUUGGUUUACCUGGAUCUGAUGGUGAAAGAGGUAUUCCUGGUCCGCCGGGGAAGAGGGGCAAGAUGGGUAGGCCGGGUUUUCCUGGUGAUUUUGGAGAGAGAGGGCUGCCAGGACUUGACGGAGAGCCUGGUGUUAUUGGAGCUCCUGGUCCUCCUGGUGUGCUUGGAUUGAUUGGUGACAUGGGUCCGGCUGGCAUCAUCGGUUUACCAGGUCCAAACGGAUUGAAGGGUGUCUCUGGAAACAUGGGCGAGCCCGGUCUGAAAGGUGAUAAGGGUGAUGUGGGGCUUCCUGGAGAGCAGGGAGAGAUCGGGUUCCAGGGAGACAAGGGUGUUCAGGGUGUGCCAGGGCUCCCAGGACCUCUAGGAAAGCCGGGACUGCAGGGGAAACCAGGAGAACGAGGGCCCACCGGAGUGUCGGGUCCACUAGGACUUGAGGGUUUCCCGGGUGACAUCGGACAGCCUGGACACAAUGGACCUGAAGGCCCGAAGGGUAAACUCGGAGCCAGGGGGUUACCGGGACCUCGCGGGGCUGCUGGGCGACAGGGUGACGAGGGUCCUCUAGGACCACCAGGGCCUUCUGGACUCGAGGGUUUAAUGGGCAGUUUGGGUUUCCUUGGGGCCACCGGACCUGAAGGACCCAAAGGCGAGCAGGGCGUCACGGGGAAAGCAGGACCCAUGGGCGAGAGAGGCCUCGUUGGUUUCAUCGGUCCCACAGGAGAGGCUGGAAUAGCUGGAGAGAAGGGCGAUCGUGGAGAGACGGGUUUGCCCGGGCCUCCAGGGGAGAAAGGCUCUACGGGACACCCAGGGACCCCAGGCGAGAGCGGGCCACCGGGACCAGCCGGCAGUCCGGGCACGCCGGGAUCACGUGGACCCAUUGGCGUAAGAGGACCUAAAGGAAGACGGGGUCCUAGAGGUCCAGAUGGUUUGACAGGUGAACUCGGGUCUGAAGGCAAGAAGGGUUCUGAUGGUCCUCCAGGAAAAACCGGCUUCCCAGGACAUGCGGGAAAGAUCGGGGAGCCUGGGGAUGCGGGGCCAAAGGGAUUUCCGGGGAUUCUGGGGCCGUCAGGGUCUACGGGAGACAAAGGAAUUGCAGGAGAGCCAGGGCCUUCAGGGCCUCCAGGAACAAUCGGACCCGCUGGAAAUCCAGGACCAAAGGGCCCCGGAGGAAAAGUCGGUGACCCUGGACUUCCAGGAGAAUCUGGCGAGAAGGGGUCACUCGGACUGGAGGGGAAUGCUGGGGCCGCGGGGAUGAUCGGAACAAGGGGAGAACCAGGUUUAGAAGGAGAGGCUGGUGCGGCUGGUCCUGAUGGUGCAAAGGGUGAGAAAGGUGACAUGGGCGGAGAGGGCGAGCAGGGUGUCAGAGGUGACGCUGGAAUCAAGGGCAAAGAAGGGCCACCGGGCGACCCCGGACUCACUGGUGUCAGAGGUCCUGAAGGAAAAUCAGGUAAACACGGUGAAAGAGGAAAACCAGGCAGUAAGGGAGCCAAAGGUAACAUCGGUCACCUGGGGGAGACAGGAGCCGUGGGAAAGAUCGGACCAGUUGGCACCACCGGACCAAAGGGCUCGCGGGGAACCAUCGGACCUGUGGGCGCUCCCGGGCGAAUGGGGAUUCAGGGCGAUCCAGGCAUCUCAGGAUAUGAGGGUCACCAGGGACCUCAGGGUCCAAUUGGACCCCCAGGACCAAAAGGUGAAAAGGGUGAACAUGGGGAUGAUGGAAAGGUGGAGGGUCUUCCCGGUCCUCAGGGACUGACCGGACCUGUGGGAAAGCGUGGAGACAGAGGUGAACCGGGAGAUCCUGGAUAUGUGGGUCAGCAGGGUGUCGAUGGUUUACGAGGCAAACCCGGAUCUCCUGGAUUACCUGGCGAUCCUGGUCCACGUGGAACACAGGGCCCCAAAGGAUCCAAAGGAGAACAGGGUCAGAAGGGUAAACGGGGUCAUGCAGGAGAACGUGGCAGCAGAGGAACACUGGGUGUUGUUGGGUUACCCGGCCCUAAAGGCACAGUGGGGCGAGAAGGACAGGAGGGUGUUCCCGGUGUGGAUGGUGUCCCAGGAAAAGACGGAAGCCCUGGAAUAUCAGGUGAUCAGGGAGAUGAUGGUGAAUUUGGUUUGCCUGGCAAACCAGGUGCCCCUGGUAAAGCUGGCGUUCCCGGGUUACCAGGAGAACAAGGCUCAUAUGGUGCAAAGGGUGAGAGGGGUCUUCCUGGUCACCCUGGCCCUUCAGGGAAGAGAGGUUUUAAAGGUGGAAUGGGUCUUCCUGGACCUCAGGGUGACCGGGGUCCUAAGGGACAACCUGGUGACGUCGGGGAAUCCGGGUUUCCAGGGGUGCUUGGAAUGUUUGGACCAAUGGGACCACCGGGAGACUUUGGACCGAAGGGUAUUCAGGGACCUAAAGGGCCACAGGGCAGCGUGGGCAAAGCGGGUUUAGCCGGUCCUGUUGGUGUAAUCGGCCCGACUGGUAUUCCAGGCACGAGGGGAGAUACCGGCAACAAAGGAGAAAUGGGUGUUCGGGGUCCUAGAGGUGCUCCUGGACCACGUGGCCCACCUGGAGCUCCGGGUCCGCCAAGAAUCCCACUGGCUUUUAAACAUGAUGGUCUUGGUGUAGCUCUUGCUGCGUUUACAGACACCCGCACAAAGAAAUCUGAUGGUCGAGGUCUGAUGGACAUGCCGGUGUUGGAUCAGGCACCGGAGAUCUUGCGGACUCUCCAUUACUUGAGUUCUUUGAUUCACAGUCUGAAGAACCCACUGGGCACACGGGACCAUCCUGCUCGACUCUGCAAGGACCUGCACAACUGCCAGAACACGCUUUAUGAUGGCACUUAUUGGAUCGACCCGAACCUGGGCUGUUCCUCAGACUCCAUUGAAGUGACGUGCAACUUCACAGGGGGUGGACGCACCUGCCUCAGACCCAUCACGACAGCCAAGCUGGAGUUCAGCGUCAGGCGUGUCCAGAUGAACUUCAUACACCUGCUGAGUUCAGGCGCUGAGCAGCGAAUCACUAUCCACUGCCUGAACACUACAAUUUGGAGACAUGCCCCUUCCCAGCCCCCGGCCCAGAAUGCCGUUCGGUUCCAGGCGUGGAGCGGUGAGACGCUGGAGCCGGAUGUGUUAGCAGACACCUGCUGGCAACUGAAUGGACGCUGGCAGCGUGCUCACUUCCUGUUCCGGGUGUCUGACCCCACCUUACUUCCUGUUGUACACUUAAGCAAUCUACCAAAGACAACACCCACAUCACGCCUUCACCUUGAAGUGGGACCUGUGUGCUUUCUGUAGUGUGUAUGUGUGAUUUGCUUUCGAGCGCUCGCCACACACGCCGUCCCUGCCCCGCCCCCUUCCAUAAUCAGCCACUGAUUGGACUGCAGAAACAAGAGGAGGGCCUGUGGGUGGGGCUUUGGGGGAUUUAGCACUAAAGACUCCAGCAGUCUAAAAGAAAUCCCGCCCCUACCAGCCAUGGAUGUCCAAUCAGAUUUGACUCUUCUAAAACACAAGCCAAUCAUCUCACAGGGACAAAUACUCAGGACAUCCGGGUCAGGGAGAAACUGUCAAACUUUUUCUUUCUUUGGAGUUUUCUCUUUCAGUCAUUCUGUUUUUCUUUCUCUUCUUUUUCUUUCUAUUGCUUGCUCUUUCAAAUUAUAAUAAUAAGUUAUUAUAAAACGUGUACUUUUAUAAUAGGAGUCUACAGUUUAUUGCAGAGAUGAAUGAAGAUCAUUGGGAGGUAUUUUAUGUAUAUAUAUAUAUAUAUACUUAAUGUUUAUCUGAUAUUUUAUACAAUCAUUUUGUCAUAUGUAAAAAAAAAGAAGUGCUAAAAGUGCAAUAAGAAAACGAAGAAAAAUGAUAAUUGAUUAUAUAUUGCUAAAGUGUGUCUCUAUUUAGAAGGCUUUUUCAGGAGUGUUUUCUUUCAAAAGAUUUGUUGUAACACUCCAUAAGACAGGGAAGUGUGUGUGUUGUGUGUAUAGGUGUGUGAUGUCACAUUUUGAUAUAGCUGUGCUAGUGACUGUGAAUGUGUGUUUGUUGUGUUUGUGUGUGUGUGUGUGUCACAGUUCAGUAAGUAAAGUAUGUUUAUCUAUCAAACUAAUAUCUUGUUCAUCACUAAACAGACACACCUGAGCAUAACAUGCAUUGCCCUUUCUUUUUAAAUCGACUUAAGGUGCACCUGUCACUUUAAGGGAGGGGGUGUGUCUCAGCUAGGAUGGGUGUGUCUUGUUCAAAGACAUGUGCAGUAUAAAGGUUGGAUGCCUCUUGAAAAUAUGUCGAGGUCACAUUUUACUCAAAAAUCAAGUAUAUUUCAUGUAAAGAAAAUAAAUCCUUUUUAGGUCCAUUAAGACUAUAAAUUUUUAUAAAUAAAUAAAAUUGUUUGUUUUGUUUUCCUAGUGAAAUAUGACCCGAUAUCUGUGUUCUCGACAGGUUUCAUGAGAGUCACUCACAACCCUUAAAUCUGGGUAACAAUGGUGCUAUUUUAAAACUGUUGUAAAGUGUCUUGAAAUGUCAGUGGUUUUGUUAACUGGCCGUGUUGUGUCGAUUUAUUUGUGAUUUGUGUGUCCAUUCUGAAGGUGCUCUCGGAACAAGCGCAGGUCAUCAAAAUGCGAUCAGAGAAGGUCGAUACAUUUGAAAUCUGCCAUUGCGACAUAUUGUCAUUUUGAAGGCACUGCGCAAAACGCUUGUGUGCUUUCAUCUGUGGUAGAGAACAAUUGUGUAGAUUCAUUUCACUAGCAACACAAUAACUGAUGACUUUGAAAAGCCAUCAGCAUGGGAAGCAUUUUGUGUGUGUGCGUUUUAAACAAGUGUAAAAUUUCAUCAGAAACGUUUGAAAGUGUAUUAUCCUUUACAAUGAUAAUGGUCAUAAAACUAAGGAAAAACCAGUGAUGUUUCUUUCAAACAGUGUGUAAAAUUCUGCAGCCUUUGAUGUAUACAAUCCCUUUUGCUAAUUUAAUGUUAUUUAAAUUUUAAAACGCGCUUUUUAACCAAAUUCUCUGUUGUUUCAGAGAGUCUCUCCAGAUAACUUUAUUAUCUGUAUUUCAACUGCUCUUCCAGUUGAUAGAUUUCUAUUUUAUGUGUAAAUUUGGGCUUCCAGAGAACAAUAUAUUGCUUUUCGAUCUGUUUUUAUUUUUCUAUCCUUUUGUUUCAGUUUGUUUAUUUUUGUCUAUAAUAAUAAUCAAAGUUGUACUGUACCAGGUCUGUGUUCAUGUCUGAAGUUCUAGUAGUCAUUAUGAAAGCAUGUGAACGUUCAGUUUCAGAAGUUUUGAAGUCUGAUUACCUCAGCAAUGCUCAGUCUGCUCUGGUCAUGUGUCAUAAAAUCUCUGUUCUACAUUGGAAACAUGAGAACACUCAGUCUAACACAGUGUUGUACUUUGUCAUUUCCCCAUACUUGUGGAUUUUGAAUUGGAAUUAAUGCUUACAUUGCCUACCCAUUAAAUAAGUUCUC